AGCUUGAUCACAAAUCAUUAUAACGGUCUGAGACGUCCUUCACAGGCAGAAAGCCUCUCCUUGAAAGUCAUAUAACUUUACUCCUUUACUCCUUUUUACCUACCAAGAUGAACAGAAUUAUUCUCCAGCUUGUUGCUGUUGGAUUCUGCUUUGCAGUGGUUCAAACUCUGCAGUGCUACAAAUGCAUAAUUGGCAUCGGGGACGUGUGCAUAACGAGUAAGACCGAUUGUGCAGUGGGAGAACAGUGCUUCAGUGGUGAAGGCAAAGCAGCCAACGUCAUCAGUAUCAAGAUGAAGGGCUGUCUAGAGGUGGCCAAGUGCAACAAAACUGAACAAACGACCAUCCCCGGCACCAGCUCCAACGCCACCGUCUACACCAUUACCAAGACUUGCUGCGACACCCCGCUGUGCAACGUCGCGCCCGGCCUGCCCGGGACCUCCGCGCUGAGCCUGGCUCUCGCCACCGUCACUGCUCUGUUUGCGGCCAACGUCCUGGUUUGACCGAAAAACACAGUGGAUGACAGAUGACACAAAGUACACACACACACACAUAAAACACACACUACAUAUUGCACACACAAACCAGCACUACAAAGAUUAAAUUAUCUCCUCACACAUGAGAUUUUUCACCACAUGGGUUCACUAUUCUUGAGGCGUAUUAAACGUCACACAAAUGUUAAUAUCCCUUCACAUUAAAUUCCCUCUUUUGUUUUUGUACUCUUUGAUUAAUCAGUGAGCUGUCCCAGCAUGUUGACAGACAAUUUUAAAAAGUGUAACACAAAGAUGAUUUAAAGGAGUCCACCACCUGUUUAAUGUACCCGGCAAUUAACUUGAAUGAGUAGUAAAAAUGUUUGAUAAAUGAAUCGCAUUUCACUGUGUGACCAAAAUGUUUUUGUAGGUUAAUUGGUGCCAUUACAACUUAAAGGAAUAGUCCAACAUUUUUGGAAAUGUGCUUAUUAGCCGAGAGUUAGAUGAGAAGAUCGUUACCACUCUCACACAUGAACGUGUUAUUGUACUUCUCGUCUAUCUCUAUGCAAGAAAAGGAAUAAUCAUAUUUCACAAAAUGUUGAACUAUCCCUUUAAUUUAUUGCUUUUGAUCCACUGUAUUGUCAUUUUGGAGGCCACAUAUCUCAAAUAUAUAGAUUUUAAAGCUCCUAUGAACAUUUAUAUUUUCAUUUGCUUUAUUAAUGUGUAGCUAACAUAAUGUAAAUCGUCUCUUGGCUUAUUAUGUCUGAUAGUAUCUGUGAAAAUAUUUCUUUUUGUUUUGCCGUUUCUCUUACUUUGACACAAAUGGCUCCAUCAGUUCUGUGUUUAACCUGUUUUAUAUUUUUGGUAUUUGUGUCAAAUCCACACUCACACGUUACUCGUAAACCGUGGGGCAAAAGCUUCUGUUUAUCUUGCUAGUUUUGAAUGUAUAUAUACGGGGGGAGAACGUGAUUCAAUCCAUCACGUUUGCUAGAUAUUGAAAUGUAAUUGAGAUUGCAGUAAUUUGAAAUUCAUCCGGGCCGAUCUUUGAUGAUUUGUGUUAUAUCUAAAGUUUCUGAAAUCAGCACUUCUGGCAUUAUUCUCUAAAAAAAAAAGAAUGAAUGUUUUUUUGCGAAAUUGAUUAUGUAAUUUGAAAAAUUCAAUAAAUAU